GUUUCCCGCUGAAGGGACUGGCUCCUUUCCGACCUCCCCCACUCCCUUUCUCCUCCGCCUCCUCGCUGCUGAGGCUGCCGCCUCUUCCCGGAGCCCUGCCGGAGUGAUGGGCUGCAUCGGAUCCCGCACUGUGGGAAACGAGGUGAUUGCAGUAGACUGGAAAGGACUGAAAGAUGUGGACCAAAUCAAUAUGGACAGCACCAGUUCACUGCAUGGCAGCAGCUUCCAUCGACCUUCCACUGAGCAAACACGGACAGAUUUUUCCUGGGAUGGUAUCAAUCUCUCCAUGGAAGAUACGACCUCCAUCCUCCCCAAACUGAAACGCAACUCCAAUGCUUAUGGGAUUGGGGCUUUGGCUAAAUCAUCUUUGUCUGGCCCCUUAGGGAUAUCUCGCAGCAUGAAGGACCAUGUCACAAAGCCAACAGCUAUGGGCCAAGGCCGGGUGGCUCACAUGAUUGAAUGGCAAGGCUGGGGCAAAGGUAACAGCCAGCAGCAGCAGCACACGCAUGAGACAGCACGCAAAGACGCUGAUGCCUACUCAGAUCUGAGCGAUGGUGAAAAGGAAGCCCGGUUCCUUGCAGGAGUGAUGGAACAGUUUGCUAUUUCUGAGGCAACUCUCAUGGCCUGGUCCUCCAUGGAUGGUGAGGAUGUGAGUGUAAACUCAAACCAGGAGAACCCAGCAGGCAACUACUCUGAGAACUAUCAAGAACUAAUGGAAAGCCAAGAGCAUAUGGCCCAAACGCAGUAUGAUAGCUGGCCUCACUCCUACGUCUCACAGGGCAUGUAUUGCUUAGGUUCAUCCGAUGCCUGGGAGACCAGUGACCAGUCCCUCAUCGCUUCCCCAGCGACUGCCUCCUACUUAGGCCAGAAUUUUGAUGAAUCCCAGACAAACCUUCAGGAAAGCAUUUUGAUUCAGAGCAGCCUUCUCCAGCAGCAGCAGCUGCAGCAACAGCGGCAGGAGCAGAACUUCAUCCAGAGCACAGGGCUGGUCCACGUGUGGCCCCUGCAGACUGCUCAGUGUGGGGCAGAGUCCAGCACGUACAUGGAGGACCACAUUGAGGAUGAAGGGAACCCACAGCUGGAGAAGGCUCCUCUCCUAAACAAGAAGCCAUCUCCAGAGGAGGAUGAUGCAGUGUGCCGGGACCUGGAAUCACUGUCUCCUCGAGAGGAGAUGGAACAUGCUGCACUGAGCCGCAAAGUCUCAGAUGUCACCUCCUCUGGGGUGCAGUCCUUUGAUGAGGAAGAGGGGGAAACAAACAACUGAUGCUUUCUGUGAAGUUCUCAUCACUGCUGAACCAAGAAAGGGGUGGCAAGGGAUGAAAUUACAGGGAUUCUCCAGCUCCCCACACUUCCGAGCAGACACAUGUUCUCUUCCUGACAUUGAAUUAUUUUUUUAAACAAGAGGAAAAUCUCAAUGUGAUUGACACAUGAAGACCUUUCCUUCCCCUCUUCCAUGGACACACGUUUUUGAUUUUCAUUGCUCUGGGCAACACUUGUGAGGUGCUUGGAGAGGUCUGGAUUGGUAAAUAAUUUCUAAAUCUUUUUAAUACAAAGUCUUGGCUGUGGAUACAAACUCUUCUGGUACUGGGGAUGUUGCUGAUGAAACAGACAUGGUAUAGAGAGCAGCUGUGUGGCUAGAAUCCAUCUUGGCAGAAUGGAUAUUGCUCUGUGGACGUGGUCCCCUUUGAUAGAAUAUAUGAGUAUAAACUGGUUUAAAAUGAAGAUAUGGCUUUACAAAUAUAGAUUGCACUAGUAUUUUGAUUGUGGCUGA